AUGUUCACGCACCAACGGCGCUCCGCGCUCCUGCAACACAUCGAUGUAGACGGGGCUUGCGAACCCAGUCGCUGUAUAAGUGCUCCGCAAUGUUCACUGAAGGAUCUACCAGCUGAGGAUAUCAUCGAGGAACUACAGCUGAGAUGGUUCGGCCAUGUUGUUAGAAUGGAAGAGGACAGGUUGGCGAAAAUGGUGCAUGAGGACAAGAGGAAGACAUGGGAAGGCUCCUUGACAGAAGAGGGCUGGAAUGGGAAAGGAGAAGAGGGAUGGGAUCGAAGAUAA